GAGUAUGGGGGAGCAGAUUACAAGGAGCCUGAUUAUGUAACAGUGGCACCCUCAAUAACUGAAGAACUUGUAGCUCAGACUGAGGCCAAUGUAGUUGACUACUUUCCAGAACAAUAUGGUGAAGUAGACUAUGGUUACCAGACAGAUACACCUGCUCUUACUACUGGACCCAAUGAGAAAACCCCUGUGGAUGAGACACUGGUGGAGGAGUCCAUUGUGGAUGAGUCCUUUGUGGAUGAGCCUUUUCUGGAGGAGUACGUAACUGGCGAGGAUUAUGACUCAGAGAAAAAGCUGGUUGAG